UGACAUUUGUUUUUUGAGUAUUCUGUGGUUUUUUGGUUCUCGUGUAAUUCUUUAUGUCGAAUUUUAUAAUCAAAUAAGUGUCAGGGCCUUGGUUUUUCCUGAGUUUAAACGACACUAUGUUGCAAUAAGCAAUUUUACCAAACUUCCUGUAAAUUCUAGUCAAAUUAAGUUAUUUUUCAAGAAAGUUAAGUUGGGGUAUGAUCUGUAAUUUUAAUAAAUUUUUGCAUAAGAUCAAGCAACAGAUAAAUGUUAUCGGGUAGAAAUAUUUUUUUUGGGUGAUGAGUGCUAGUGAAAGUACGGCAAUUUUAGUAAACACCGGUGUAAACGAAUCUCAUGGUGCCUUAACCAUCUGUAGCGAGAGCGAAGACGUUCCAUUAGUCCCAGAAGUUACCUUUGAUACCAAUUUGGAUUCCCCAGGUCUCAAUAGAGAAUCACAGCCUCUCUUAGGGGGGCUUGAUGUCUCUUAUAAUCAAUUUCCUGAUGAUCCUGGUUUCAGCGAGCUGGUAUGGCAAUCAGAAGUCGCUAUUGAUAAUGGAAUAUUUCCAGAGCGGAUAUCACAAGGAUCCAGCGGAUCAUAUUUUGUUAAAAAUUCAGCAGGGAAAAUUAUCGCCGUUUUUAAACCAAAAGAUGAAGAACCAUAUGGAAGAUUAAAUCCAAAAUGGACAAAAUGGAUGCACAAACUAUGUUGUCCUUGUUGUUUUGGAAGGUCUUGUCUUAUUCCAAAUCAAGGUUAUAUUUCAGAAGCAGCUGCCUAUUUGGUGGAUGCAAAAUUGGGACUCAAUAUUGUACCAAAAACAAAAGUUGUAAAGUUGGUCUCGGAAACAUUUAAUUAUUUAAGAAUAGAUAGGCAAAAGGCUCGUGUGAAGAGGGCAAUUAUGGAACAAUUUCCUAAUGUUGGUCUUAGAUUUAAUAGGAUAGGAUUACCACCCAAGGUUGGAUCAUUCCAGUUGUUUGUUGAGAAUUAUAAGGAUGCUGAUUAUUGGCUUAGACGGUUCGAAGCCGAACCUUUGCCGCCACCAUUAGCAAAAACAUUUCAGUUACAGUUUGAAAGGCUUGUUGUGUUGGAUUAUGUCAUUAGGAAUACCGAUCGUGGAAAUGACAAUUGGCUAAUAAGGUAUGAUCAACCGACAAUCGCAAACGGCAACACGGUAAGUGCUCAAGUAGAUCUCAAUGAUACAACAGAUUGGAAUGUGGUUCACAUGCCAGAUAUUCGAAUAGCGGCCAUUGAUAAUGGUUUAGCUUUCCCAUAUAAACAUCCAGACAGUUGGAGAGCAUAUCCUUAUCACUGGGCUUGGCUGUCUCAGGCCAAAAUACCUUUUAGUAAAGAAAUUAAGGAUUUAAUUUUGCCACUUCUCUCGGAUAUGAAUUUUGUUCAGGAUUUAUGUGACGAUCUGUAUUUGCUAUUUAAGCAAGAUAAAGGAUUUGAUAGAAAUCUAUACGAGAGACAAAUGUCUGUGAUGCGCGGCCAAAUUUUGAAUCUUACCCAAGCUCUCAAGGAUGGCAAGUCACCUGUCCAGCUGGUACAGAUGCCAGCAGUAGUUGUUGAGAAGUCACAAGGACAUAAUCCGUCUAGGUUUUUCAAUUUCACUCAACGCUUCCAGGAUAAAAGCCCAUUCUUUUCGUGGUGUUAGCGAAUAAUGUCAAUUCCUACCAUUAUUUUUAUAAUUUAAGGGAACUAUGUUAAGCAUAUUAUAUUUUAUACAAUCAUUAUUCAAUAGUCUGAUAAUCCAUAUUUUUCAGAAAUCACUACUUUUAAACGGGUUCACUCUUUUUAGUUUUCGCUAUCGAGAUAAAAUUCUGCAUCUAUAUAACAAGCCAAAAGAUGAUUUUUUGUUUUUCAGAGCAGUGUUGCUUGUAACGGUUUUAUUAUGUAAAUUACAAGAUUACAGAAGGGUCGUAACUAAUUUCCUAUUUAUACUUAAAUUGGCAAACCAGGGCUUUUUUGGUUAGGGGGUUAUAGUAAUUCUUUGUAAACUUUGGCAAGGUUGUUUAUAGAAGUAAGGGACUAAUUUUGCUCUAAUCAGGUUUAAAGCAUCAAGUCCAGUGCCGUCCUGGUGGAAACCCUAUCUAAUAUUUUUACCAAUUUUAUAUUCUUUUAGGAUGAAAAAUUUCCUCACUGUAUUUUGUUGUGAAAAUUAAAUGUUUUGUUCAUAAAACAAAGGUUAUCUGUACUUUAGGAAAGACAGUUUUGCUGCAAGAUGAUGAAAUAGGUCAAGUCAGCAGCACACAUUUUUUUUAUUAAUAUUUUUUAAAAGUUUGACACCCUGUAUCUUGAAAGCAAAGAACGUUUUUGGUCCUAUGUUUAUACACACUUUUUUUUUAAUAGAGAAUAGCAUAUUCCACCUUUUAAAAGUUGAUAUGUACUGUUUUUGUUUUCACCUACUUUUUUCAACGGAAUACAUAAAACACUGGAGAAUUUUUAGAAGAUUGGUUAGGGGUGCUCAGUUUUUAAGUUUACAAAUAGUUGAAAAAUAAUACCCAAGACGGUUCUGUAAUUUUGAGCUUCUGGAUUUAAAAUCCGCCAUUCAAGGUAAGCGCUUAAUAUUUUCUUGGUUAGUUAAAAAUUAUGUCAUUGGAAUUAUCUCAGCAAGAAAUAAAAUUGUAUCGUUAAAAAUUAAUUUAACAUGUAAAUAUAUUUUUUCUUAUAACUCUUGGUUUUAUGAAGUGAAAUGACCAAAAUAGAACUAGUGCGACCCGAUAUAGUUACUGUUUAGUUUCCCUUUACCAAUAAAGAUAACAACAGAUGAGCAGAGGUUUUUAAAAUAAUUUCAGAUUUAAGGCCUUUAGUGUAAUAAAUUUUUCAUAUUCAUCUCAUUUGUUGAAAAAAGUGAAAAUAAUUCCAACGUGAUUGUCAUUAUAUAAGUACAUCUAUUCAAAAAUGUAUAUAAUUUUAAUAAAAGUUAUUGC